ACAAUGUUGAUGGCUCAAACCAAAAUAAUGUUAUUGGAACUUCAAGAAAAUUACGAUGUGAAAUCAGAAAUGACAAUAGUGAUAAUGACACCGAAGAAAAUAUCCCCGAAUGCUGGCUGAUCAGUUUGGCUGCCAAUUCAAUUAUGCUGUCUCAAAUAUUCAACACAUGUGUGGGGAAGGUAAGAAUUUGCCCUUUGUGUUUUAUAUCUUAUCCUUCAAAACUGGUUUAAUAUAACAUAUGGUUUAAAUUGUAGUCCUGCAAACCUCUUUUAUAUGUAUUCAGCAACAAGGUUGUAUAUAUUUGUUGUGUAACAUGUAAACAGUCGCAAUAUACUGUACAUAUAUGUGUCAAUUGUUUUAAAAAUGUUAAGGAACAUUUCUUUAGGAAAUUUAACUUUGGAAGAAGAUGAAAGUGGACGUGUUGGUCAUUUCUCUUAGUCAAACAGAGUUGCUUCAAAGGUGUGUUCUUGGCACAACUGAAAACCAAAAUGGCAGUUUGAAUGCUCUAGCUUGGGGCUAGGUAUCCAAAGCAUAAACAACAUGGCCGCAAAGCAGUGCGAUGUCCUGUAGCUGCCGCUAUUCCCCCACUUCCAUAUUGGAGCAAAGAGUCGACUUGGUGUUAUGAAGCGGCUGUCCAUUCACGCUGGGGGUAAAACAAAACAAGCUUGUGAUGCAAGAUCGAUGUGCAGCAAAUGAAGAAAUCUGAUUUACAGGCAACUGAAAAAGAGAAGAAACGACGCCAAGGAGAGAAACUGAUUUGAACGCAACAGGAACAAGCUAUUCGGGAAGCUGAAGGAGUGACAUAUAAAGAGGCUAGAGGAUUUUAAACUGUAACAAAACGUUUUAAAACACCAAGUAAAUGGUAGGAUUUAAAUUAUCCAGGCUUAAGAUUUUCAAAAUGUAUGAAAAAUCAAGUGUUUUCGAUACAAGAGACUUGAAACUCAUUUUUCUCAUUUUCGGAUAUUUUAGACUUUGAGAAAAGGUAUCUCGAGAACAAUUUAUUGGAUUGUACUGAAAUUAUCAGAGAAUGCCCCUCUCACUUAGCUUUGUGUUUUAAGCAUAGAGAUUUUUUUGACUGAGUAAAAAUAUCAAAAGUUACUACAAUUUUACCUUUUAAAAAUUUGACGCCUGACUUCCCAAACCCAUAACUUUUUUUCUUUUUGUCAAUCAAAAUUCUCUAUGCUUAAAACAAUAAUCCCUAUGUAAGUAUUUAAAAAAUGUAUAAAUAAUCAAAUUUCAUAAUACACAGGUAGAGCAAUCUUUUCUUGAAUAAAGCUAAACCGGAAAUUUGAUGAACGGUGUAGAGCCACCUUAAUACAGCGUUUCACUGUUUGAAAUAUUUUUUUCUGAAUCUCCAGGUUGUAAGCUUUCUACUAAUACAUAGUUUGUGGGGGUUUGGAUGUAACCUUGUCCAAAUAUAAAACAUUUUAUAUCGCCCUAUUUUUCAGGUGUACUCCCCCCUUAAAUGGUCGGCCCCUAAAAACAAAGCAGUGACAACAGUGAAGUAAUGACCAUGUAUACAGAUAGAUAGAUGAGUUCUGUUAAACAGUUUACUUGUACUAUUUACAACAUGAGCGGCCGUGUUGUAUCGGAUAUACAAGGUACAACGCUUAAAAAUAUAUACAACGCUUAAAAAACGACUCAUCUUAUGAGUUCAUUGGCGAAGUAAUUUUAAAAAUAAACGUUGUCUAAGCCGAGAAAAUCAAGUUAAAGUUUAUGUAAAUCAACAUGAAUCUGUAUCACAUAUACAGAUACGACACGCUUAUGAUUUUUCUUUGUGUUUUCUUCAUGAAUUAUUAAUGAGUUUUUAAGUACUAUUACAGUAAUUAACUAAUGAGUAAAAUCAUCUGGCACUAGAUAGAAUUAAAAUUCACCAUUUCCAAAACAAUAAAGUUCAUGACCAAUUUCUUCAUUUCUCAUGUGUUAACUUAUGGUAUAAUUCACCGAUCUCUAUCAGAAAUUCCCAUUUGAAAGGUGUUGCCACGACUGUAUUCAUGAUUCAUCUCAGUCGCACUCAGAAACGUUCCCGAACAUGUGCUUUUGCUUAAAAUACCAUAUUUGACUUGAUUUGUUCCUCUAUUGCGAGAUAACAGAAGAGAACAGUUGAAAAUACCGUAUUAAUCACAACAGCUCACUCCUCAAUGAGGUGGUCACAGUAAGAUGGCGGCCGCGCGCGACUUCCGGCUUCAAUUUCUAUAUAUAUAGUUGCGCUCUCCAUGUAUUAUAUAGCUCAGUGGAGUCAACACGUUGUGUCGAUCAUUACUGAUCUAGCUUAUAGCUACUGUUGGUACUGCGCUUAGCUAUGCAGCUAACUCGAACAAUUUUGCGCUUCCCUUGGGAGUUCAAGUUUGCGGGGUUCUACUUUUACUGCAGUGUGGCUGUUUUUUGAUGUAGUGAAGGUUUACAUGAAAAUGUGGAGUAAACGAAUGUUGAGUAAAUUCAUGUAUUUUGCGCAAAUUACCAAAACAAGACAUUUUGAUUUUCAAAUUAACUUGCACUUACUGCAUUUUUUCCCCUUAGGCAGUCGGCAGAAAAAGUUUGGUGUGAGUGUAAUUGAAUCUGGCAAGAAGUUCACCAUGCAGUUGUAAAACAUGUUUCCGAAGCGGUAAUUGUUCAUAAAGAGCCGCUUAUUUUGAGUGUGAAUUUUAUACGUUUAUUAGACCUAAAUAUAAUAUAUAGAGGAUAUUUCACGGUGGCGCGGAAAUAUGACUUUUAUUUUCGAGUAGUGAAGACAAUAUUUUACGAACGAGCGCAGCAAGUGAGUAAAAUAUUGUUUUCAACACGGGAAAAUAAAAGUCAUAUUUCCAAAGCCACCGUGAAAUGUUCUUUUUAUUAUAUGGCCAAAAUAAAUUUCAUCAAGAUGUUUUGUAGCUCACCGUACGGCAACAAUGUUAUGUCUCUCCGCUCGUUUAUCGAGGCUAAAUAGUCGCUGAAGAUCGCCAAAUCGGACUUAGUCUUCCUUUUUGUGUUUUCAUUUUCUUCAGAAAACCUUGCCAAAUCAGCGUCGGAAACAUCAACAAAAUGUCGAGAAGUUGCCAUAUUAGUGAGCUUAAGCAACUGACGUUUUUGACAACACGGACGUUGACCGGAAGUAAAGUUGACGUUUUUCACCAAUCACAGCCCUUGACCCAGUCUUCUGACGUUACUCAUGCCGUAUAUCAUGUGUAUAUUCAAGACAGAAACGGCAAAAUGGCGGGAAUUAGCGUGGGUCCCGCGCGAGACGUUCCCGCGUAAGAUAUGAUUUCAUAUUUCACUAUAGUGAAAUACGGGAAAUAUCAGUGGCGUAUUUUACGGUAUUUUACUCAUAUCUAUAUAAUAAAUACAUAUACUAAGAUGAUACCAAUAUAAGGUGUAUGGGUAACCCUUCUACAGUGAGUUAUAUCACUUGUAGUUGCCUGCGAUAAAGCAAUGAAAAAGUAUUUUGAACCAUAUCCGCGUUUUAUCCUUUUGGAUAAAACGCGGAUAUGAGUUAUAAAGGGCUGAAAAUGUAUUUUGGACCAUAUCCGCGUUUUACCUUUUGGAUAAAACGCGGAUAUGACUGUUAAUAAAUGACAUUUUGCGAGAAUAUAAGCCGUCCGUCCGUAAAUAAACAUUGACAUCUCUAAUGACGUCAGCAAUUGACAUGCAAUGCGUACAAUGGCGUGAGGAUCAUCGAGUCAUAUACUGAUAAGUUCCAGGAGAUACCAAUGGUCACGUGGAUUUGUCUUCACAUAUAGCACAAUAUUUUGUUUUCGCGAUUCUUGUGUAAGGAAUUUUGUUCGGAUUAAUGUAUCGAGCCAUGCACCUUAAACAAAGUUUUCACCACAUUUCAUUACGCUACACUUUCGUACUUUGCUAGUUUUCCUGUUUUCGUGCGGUUUUUUGUGCAAAUUUGAAGGAAAUACAAUGCCAUGCCUCUAGUAUCAUGCAGCCACCGGUGAGAGAUUUAGUCUUUAGCGUCAUGCAAUAUCGAAUAAAAUUGUUCCAAUCAAAUUACCUCGGUCAAUGCCUUACAUUUUGCAGAUAUAAAUAAAGUGACCUAAAACCUCUGCGGGGGAGAGUACUAGUGGGUUCCAAUUAAAGCCAAACUACAACUAAUCUUCAACAUUUAAAAAUGUGGUGUAUUAAAAGUUUGCUUUUGCUCAUUUAACCUGAAACACAGGCGUGGCAGAGCCUUCUUUUAAAUUUUUUUCUUUAAAAAAACUUGUUUGCCGACCAACAAAUAACACCCUCUUCCUCCGCCUAGACCUAGGGUUAGAACCUUUACUCGGCUUGGUUGAUCCAUUUUGGGCCUCUAGUAUAAGUUCCUAGGUUCCCUAUCAUGCCUGUGUUUUACAACAUUACAGACCGUCGUUACAGACCGUCGACUCGUUUCAGACCGUUCAACUUACACAGUUUCAUCGUGUACAUGCGAUUUUAAGUCUAAUGUCACACCGAUACUGUCUUCGCAUAUUGUCUUCGCAUGACCACCUCUCUGAAAUUCAUCUUGUAUCCACUGUUGUGUUGAUCAAACAUUGAUAAACAUCUGUACCAGCUCUGUAUAUUUGUUUCUACCCAUUGUAUGCAGUACCAAGGAUUGACUACGUUAUUAAUCCUACAAGCUCGUACCUAUUUCUCUUGUUUAACUGUAGUCGCUGUGUGCUCUAUGAACAGUUUUUCGUCCCCGAACAGACCUAAUUUGUGGUCUGCAUAAUCCAUUGUUUCUAAUAAGAUUGACAUUAUAAUUUUUAUAUGUUCAGAAUUUGUUGUUUGAUAUUAAUUUAAGAUGUGUUUUUUCUUAUUGUCAGAUGUUACAAGACCCACGCAUGGUAUCCCGAUUGUCCGAAGGGUGCUAAAUACAUUGUUAUUUACCGUGAACCAUGUGCUGCUUUCAACAGCUUCUUUAACUUCUUUCAGGGUUGGAUGUUCCAACCUGGAGAAGUUUCUCUUCAUGAAUUUGUAAAGGAUUUUUUACUCGCUCGUGGAGUACCACAAAACAAGAUGGAAAAUGCAUCCUAUUUCGUCCACUUGAUUAGCUGGUGGGAACACAGGAAUGAUUCGAAUGUUUUGUUUCUGUUCUUUGAGGAUAUGAAAAAUGAUUUGGAAAGUGUAGUUAGGAAGACUGCAGCAUUCAUAGGAAUUCAGGAUGAAGUAAAGAUUAAGAAGGCUGUGGAAAUGAGCUCUUUUGAAUUUAUGAAGGGAAACCAAAAGAAAUUUUCAGAGAUGCGCAGCGCACGUUAUCGGAAUGUAGCUUGCGGGGUACCCCUUGAUGUUGUGCCCAAUAAAGUUGUCACAGGAUCUGCAACAAAAGGACGAGAGUUAAUGGAUGAUAAAACGAAAGAAAUAAUUCAAGGAAAGUGGCUGGAAGUUGUUGCUAAACAAACUGGAUUUCAAGAUUAUAAUGAGUUGAGAAGUGCAUUCAAAAAGAAUAAUUAA